UCCAAUGAACAUUCAGUAGAUAAUUCGAUUGUGACGCAGUACUUCCAUAUUUGGAUUGAAUGUUUUAAGAGUUUGUUGUUCACACGUUUUCGGUCUUAAUUAGAGUCUCCGUAAAGUAUCGUCAAGCAAAUAAUUUAAAUUUCCGUCUCAUUUUUGACAACGGUGUCAGUUUGAAGUGUAUCUGAUGUCUGGAGUGUCACAGAUAAAGGAAUAUAAGUGAACAUAUUGACAACAUAUUGACAACAAUAUGGUUAAACAGGAUCCGUUGGAGGCGGGCAACAAACUUCAACCGGACGUCAAUGCCAAUGGCGUUCAUUUGAGCGUAUUCUCCAUCGUUGCAAUAUGCGCCGUGGCCAUCGUCAGCGGUCUCCUUAUAACAGCAGUGGCCUUCAAAUGUUACCGUCGGCGGCAGAUACGUAAUGCCCAGAGCCGGCUAUCCUCCGCCAUCAAGAAGGGCCUGAAGGAAACACCGUCCUCCAGUAAGCGGUCAUCCCGUAGUUCUUCGGUGGUCAAGCUAACCAAGGCCACUAGUCCCAUAUCCCCGCCGGAACAUCCGGCCGGCCCCGGUGAGAAAUUGUCUCCCGGAAGCUUUUCCAUGCGUCCCGACAACAUGGAGUCACCGCACCACGUGGGGAAACAAGAUUACAGUCAUCAUAUCGAAUAUGAGAAAGGGGACAGAACGCCAGAAAAGGAUGAGGAAGCGAAAAUGCGACUUGAACAGAAGCAGGAGCCAAAAUACCUGGGGUCCUUGAACUUCUCGAUGGAGUACGACUUCGACAAGUCAGCCCUGUUGGUGAACAUUAUGAGCCUGGUGGACCUGCCCCCACGUGACCCGAGCACAGGAGGGUGUGACCCGUACGUCAAACUGCAGCUGCUGCCAGAGAAACGUCACAAGUGUAAGACCAGGGUGCUGCGUAAGACUUUGAACCCAGUGUACGACGAGACCUUCACGUUUUACGGAAUAGCCUCAAAUCAGUUACAUGGAAUGACCCUACAUUUCGUCAUUUUAAGCUUUGACCGAUUUUCUCGAGAUGCCAUCAUGGGCGAGGUGUUAUAUCCACUUAAAGCAGAGGAACUCACCAGUAAUAAGACGACGACACUCUGCAGAGAAAUCACGCCACGACAUUUAAAGGUACAUUUCCGGAUGCAGGGCUGUGGGGAGCUACUGGUGUCGCUGUGCUACCAGCCGGCCGCCAACCGCCUCACAGUGGUGGUGCUUAAGGCCCGUACUCUCCCAAAGAUGGAUCUCUCCGGACUCUCAGAUCCGUAUGUGAAGAUUUAUCUGCUGUACAACGGACAGCGUAUCGCCAAAAAGAAAACACAUGUGAAGAAGAGGACGCUGAACCCCGUCUUUAACGAGUCAUUCCUGUUUGAUGUGCCCUACAACGAGGGUCUGCAGAACAUCUCACUCGAGUUUCUUGUGCUGGACUGGGACCGCAUGACCAAAAACGAAGUGGUUGGUCGGUUAGAGAUCGGGUGCCGAUCGCUCGGUGGCCCUGAGAGCCAUCACUGGAACGAGGUGAUCAACUGUCCUCGCAAACAGAUCGCAGAGUGGCACAAACUGUCCGAGCACUAGUGCACCGGUCAGGCAGAGGGAUAGCUGAAAUACACAGCAGAUGGAGGGGUGGGGCAUAGCAGUGUUUAAAAGACAUGUUGUGGUAACAAUAUACCUUCACUAAGCUUGAAAGAGAAAUACACAUGGAGGCUAAGGAUAUUUAUUUCUCUGACAUUAACUUCUUGAUCUAAAGAAAUACGAGCGUUUCAAGCGCUUCAGAAAAUAAAAUGCUACGGUCGGAGUUCAGAAUACAGAAAACGUUAACAAAGAAAUUAAUACUAGAAAUCAGUUUGCAAAUUUGUAAAUGUCAUGCUGAAAACACCGUUUAAAAAGCAAAUGAUGAUAAAACAAUAUAGUUACCCACUAUUGAUGAUUUUCUGAUAAGAUAUGUGAUAUGUUUUAUACGUAUUUAUGGAUAAAAUAUCAUGAUCAUAAUAUUUUUUACAUGCUUGAAGUACAUAACGUUGUGUCCCGUUUCAUAUUUUUUAAUGAUUUACUUCAUUAAGUAAUGCACUAAAUUGUUAACAUUUUGCAUUUUAUAUUUUAGUAAAAUUUAUUAAUUCUUUUGUUGAAAUCGUGAUAGUAAUUUUAAUCGACAAAAUAUAUAGUUUUAAAAAAUGCUUGAAAAACAUGACCAUAUGAUUAUAUCGUAUUUGUUUACCCGUGUCAUCCUCCUUUUCAUGUAUGGAAUGCUUGUCACUGGACGGAGGUUUGCCAUGUGCCACUUGGACACACUCGCAGUCACAUAUUUAUUAAAUCCAAGGUCUCUUUAAGCUCGCACAUACAUGUUUAAAACAUGUAAUUAUGCACAAAAUUAUGUUUACAAAAUUCGAGGGGUGAAAGCGAAAAGGUUCUAUCUUCUUCUUUAUUUAAUGUCACUUAGAACCUUCUCGCAUUACCCAUCGAUUUAAUGAUCCAGAGUCAUUUCUGACCUUUCCCAUUGUGUUUAUUUGUUUGAACUGUUUAACUCUAAAUGAAUUUUGUUAUGUUCUGUUUAAAACAAAAUGAAUAUCGCAAGUAUGUCAAAUAGUUAUAAAGAGUCGAUGAGAGUUAUAUAAGCAUACAAAAUAGUUGUAUACAUACACCUGUUAAAUAAAAUGUCUUAAAAUG